CGCUCCAGCAGGCCGCUUGGGCCGCAGGGCGCUGCACCCUGUCCUGCACCACUGCUCUCCCCUGGUUCAGUCGCGGAGCCUUUUCUUCCCCUGCGCGUCCUGCUGCCGCCGCCAUCUGCAGCCCUGCCCCAGGGGUCUUUGGCCCCCCGGGCGGAGGGCUAGCACGGAGCCGGGCCUGUUGGAAACCGGAGACCAGCCACCUGCCCGCUGCGUGCCUCCAGAGCAGCUCCGGAACAGCUCACUUUCUGUUUCCAUCUCUUUCGGACCGGAUUUGCCUCUCCAAAAUCCACUUCUAGCUCUAAUCAAGGUUUAAAGUCUAAAGGCAUGUACACAUGAGUGCUGGUGUGCUUAGAGGCGUCGGAUCCCUUGGAGCUGGAGUCCCAGUAGCUGUGAGUACCGUAUUUGGAAACACACUGAGAAAUCAGCCUGGGCAACCUGCAAGGCACAAGGAAGGCCCACGUUUCUGCAUGGCCAUUUGCUUUCCUGGGAGGUGAACACCUGCUUUGAUUCACAGAGUCAGGACAAAUGGCAAAGCGAACCUUCUCCGCCUUGGAGGCCUUUCUCAUUUUCCUUCUGGUGAUAAUGACAGCCAUCACAGUGGCCCUUCUCACCCUCUUGUUUGUCACCAGUGGGACCAUUGAAAACCACAAAGAUUCAGGAAAUCACUGGCUUUCAACCACCCAGGGCUCCACGACCACUCAGUCCCCUCUGACUACACAGACUCCAGACUUCCCUUCAUUUCAGAACUUCAGUGGCUACUACAUUGGUGUUGGGAGAGCUGACUGCACAGGACAAGUGUCAGAUAUCAAUUUGAUGGGCUAUAGCAAAAAUGGCCAGAAUGCACGGGGUCUCCUCACCAGGCUAUUCAGCCGCGCUUUUAUCAUGGCAGAUCCCGAUGGGUCAAAUCGAAUGGCAUUUGUGAGCGUGGAAAUAUGCAUGAUUUCCCAACGACUCAGGUUGGAGGUCCUGAAGAGACUACAGAGUAAAUAUGGCUCUCUGUAUCGAAGAGACAACGUUAUCCUGAGUGCCAUCCACACACACUCCGGCCCAGCAGGAUUUUUCCAAUAUACACUCUAUAUACUUGCCAGCGAGGGAUUCAGCAACCGGACCUUUCAGUACAUGGUCUCUGGGAUCGUGAAGAGCAUUGAUAUAGCUCACACAAAUCUUAAACCAGGCAAAAUCCUUAUCAACAAAGGAAAUGUUGCUAAUGUGCAGAUCAACCGAAGCCCUUCCUCUUACCUUCAGAAUCCACCGUCGGAGAGAGCAAGGUAUUCUUCAAACACAGACAAGGAAAUGCUGGUCUUGAAACUGGUGGAUUUGAAUGGAGAAGACUUGGGCCUUAUCAGCUGGUUUGCCAUCCAUCCUGUGAGCAUGAACAAUAGCAACCACUUUGUAAAUAGUGACAAUAUGGGCUAUGCAGCUUACCUUUUUGAGCAAGAAAAGAACAAAGGCUAUCUACCUGGACAGGGACCGUUCGUAGCAGGCUUUGCUUCAUCAAAUCUCGGAGAUGUGUCACCCAACAUUCUUGGCCCACAUUGCGUCAACACAGGGGAGUCUUGUGACAAUGACAAGAGCACCUGUCCCAAUGGUGGGCCUAGCAUGUGCAUGGCCAGCGGACCUGGACAAGAUAUGUUUGAGAGCACACAUAUUAUAGGACGUCUCAUCUAUCAGAGAGCCAAGGAGCUGUAUGCCUCUGCCUCUCAAGAAGUGACGGGCCCAGUGCUUGCAGCUCACCAGUGGGUGAACAUGACAGAUGUGAGCGUCCAGCUCAAUGCCACACACACAGUGAAGACGUGUAAACCUGCCCUGGGCUACAGUUUUGCCGCAGGCACAAUUGAUGGAGUUUCGGGCCUCAAUAUUACACAGGGGACAACAGAGGGGGAUCUAUUUUGGGACACUCUUCGGGACCAGCUCUUGGGAAAACCAUCUGAAGAAAUCAUAGAAUGCCAGAAACCUAAACCAAUCCUACUUCACACUGGAGAGCUGACAAAGCCUCAUCCUUGGCAACCAGACAUUGUUGAUGUUCAGAUUGUUACUCUUGGGUCAUUGGCCAUUGCCGCUGUCCCUGGGGAAUUUACAACCAUGUCAGGACGAAGAUUUCGUGAGGCAAUUAAAAAAGAAUUUGCACUUUAUGGAAUGAAGGAUAUGACUGUUGUUGUUGCAGGUCUAAGCAAUGUUUAUACACAUUAUAUUACCACAUAUGAAGAAUACCAGGCUCAACGGUAUGAGGCAGCAUCUACAAUCUAUGGACCACACACCCUGUCUGCAUACAUCCAGCUCUUUAGAGCCCUUGCUAAGGCAAUUGCUACGGAUACAGUAGCCAACAUGAGCAGCGGUCCCGAGCCUCCAUUCUUCAAAAAUCUGAUAGCUUCACUUAUUCCUAAUAUUGCGGAUAGGGCACCAAUAGGCAAACACUUUGGAGAUGUCCUGCAGCCAGCAAAACCUGAAUACAGAGUGGGAGAAGUGGUUGAAGUUGUAUUUGUAGGCGCUAACCCAAAGAAUUCAGCAGAAAACCAGACCCAUCAAACCUUCCUCACUGUGGAGAAAUAUGAGGACUCUGUAGCCGACUGGCAGAUAAUGUAUAACGAUGCCUCCUGGGAGACGAGGUUUUAUUGGCACAAAGGAAUACUGGGUUUGAGCAAUGCAACAAUAUACUGGCAUAUUCCAGAUACUGCUCACCCUGGAAUCUAUAGAAUAAGAUAUUUUGGACACAAUCGGAAGCAGGAACUUCUGAAGCCCACUGUCAUACUAGCAUUUGAAGGAAUUUCUUCUCCUUUUGAAGUCGUCACUACUUAAUGAAAAGUUGACAGAUAUUGAAGAAAAGCAUUUCUCUGUGCACAUUAUAGAGUGAUUUCACACAAAUGUGAACUGCCGGUUUAAUUUUCAUAAUUGUCUCUGUUUGGGGGACAGGCCGUUUAUUGCUAAUGGGCCAGAGGUAUGUGUUUGUGUUGUUGUAUGAUUAUGUGCAUGUGUGCUAAGAGAGAGAGAGAGAGAGAGAGAGAGAGAGAGAGAGAGAGAGAGAGUUACUAGUGAGCAAGAGAAUAUGAGAGAAGGGCCACUGGCAACCAUAUACCUUGUGAUCUUUAUCCUAAAGCAUGAUUUUCCUUGAAGCUUUGUGGUUGUUUAAGAGAUAAUUUCCUCUAAUAUGAAAUCCCUGAAAUUUAAUGACAGUAUGUGAAAAUAUGUGAAUGAUGUUUAUCCUAUUUAUUUAUAGAGGACACUAGAGAACUUUCUAGAAGUCCUCUAGAAUGAUACUUGAUUUUACAGAGAGGAAAAAGAGGUUUAAUUCUCUUUAGGUUAGAAUAAGGUUAGUAUACUUUCCCCUAGUCAUAUUUACAAAAUACCAUGUAACUUUACUACAAAUACUUGAGCCCAGCUAAAAUAUACCCAGAAAAUUAGUGUGCCAGUUUUUUUGGUUUUGUUUUGUUUUUGCAUUCAAACAAGCAUAGUUAGCCACUUUAGAAUGGAUCUUCUUGGCUCAGGGUUAUUGUUCAUGCUCAGAUCAUUUCUCGAAUUGCCUGCAGAGUCCGAAUGUCACUUGCAGUGCUUUGAUUUAUGCCUUGUAUUCCUCAAAGUGUCCUUAUCCUGCUAAGUCACACCUCUUCCUCCCAACAUUUACUCUAAAUGAUUUUUAAAGGUUUUCACCAAUCAAAUGUACCUCACACUAUAAAGCUUUGCCUUGAAUGUAGAUUUUAAAACAAAAGUGUUAAGGCUGGAAAUGUAGUCAUCAAAGAGGAAGUUUGAAAUGUAUCUGUCUGUUCUUUUAUCAGCUACUCCCUCCCUCAUGAUUCCUUUGAACCAUUGAAUAGUCAUUUAAACCCACAUAUCCAGUGUUGUACUCAUCCCUGGAUCUUCACAAUUGCAGACAUCAUAUUGAGAUGAUUACCUAGACAAUUCCUUGAAGGACAAAAUAAAUAUUUAACCAGAAAUGUAAAUUCUGGAGAGGCAUUUGAAAAUCACAAAUGUUCAUGUCUCCGUUUCAUGUUUCCCAGGGUGGGUAUUCUGAUUUGGGAGGAAAGAGGCCCCCAAAUAAUUAUUAAAUAUCAACCUGAAAGUAAUGAUUUAGAAAUUAUGAUCUAGACAGUCUAAUGAAUGAGAUGGGACAAUGUAACAUGAAUUGUCUGAAAGUACUAAUUGCAUUUCAAAUUAUGUAAGUUAACUAGUAAAACCAAUUUUUGAAUCUCAAUCACACUUUUGUAGGUAGGUAAAGAGAGCAUUUUAGGAGGAAACCAAUCUUUAUUUCAAAACUAAAUUUGUUUUAAAAACAAUAGUGGUAAGGUAAACCUUCAUUUAUUUCCCUAUGGUUUACCCACUUAAACAUUGUAGAUUGAAUCAAAAGACACCUGGAACAUGUUUUGGUGACUCCAUUUCCCACUUGGUAAUUCUAUGGAUGUUAACUGCUGAAGAAUAAACUGAUCAGGAUUUUCAAGGGCUGUGAACAUGUCUCCUGAUGGGAACACCCUAUUAAGUAUAAAGGUUCAAAAUAGUUGAUCUCAAAACUACACAUACACACACACACACACACACACACACACACGCACACAUGGUAUUGUUUAAAAUUUAUUUCUCAUGACCCAAAACAAUACAAGGAUUAUGCAAGGUUUCACCUCCACCACCAUUCUCCCCAGUGAAACUUUUCUCAAAGUCUGAGUAGUUUCCUCUUUCUCACUAGUAACUAUCCCACAAUGGCCAUUGCAUCACUAGUAAUCGGUGUGCCCAGCCCUGCAUGGAAAUAAAUCACAGAGACAUAAUUUCCCAGUAGACUUAGUCUCUUCUAGCCUGUGUGCUUCUAGUGAAUGCAAUCUGUAAAAAACCCAAGCAGGUCUCUGCAUUAUCCAACCAUAUUGACUUACCUGUGCAUAAAGGAACCUCACUAGGUAACUGAUCUGGUCAGUUCAUCUAAAGUCACAGAUCUAGUUUAUGUCUCUGUCUGGAAAUAGCUUCAUGGAGCCAAAAUACGCGGAGGAACCUCUGGAGAAGGGAACUGAAUGUGGAAAGUGUUUGGUUGGGUUGGUGAGAGCACUGUUCCCGAGAAGGGUUUGUUUAUCAUGCUUGACUGUUUGUGCUUUACUGUGCUGUCUGUGCCUUGCCUGCUCUGAUUCCGGGAUUCCGUCAGAGAGCCUAGAGUAAUUCCUUUUUCAGGUCUAUGUUUUUGUUUUGUUUUGUUUUUUGAUGAACAUUCUGUAAAAAACUGUCAGCAUUCAAGAUUAUAUUUAAUAAAAAUUAAGAAUUAUACUUGGA